AUGAACAAGCCACUGGCGGAGAAGUUUUUGAAAUGUGUGUGUCACGAAAGGGAUCAGGAUGUUGAGAUAACGAGUAAACUGCUGAAUACUUUGUCGCUGCCAAAGCUUGUAGAUGCUGGUUAUGCUAUCUCUAAUUUAAACUUGGAAAAUUUGAGGACUGGUUUGGGUGGUAAGCUCUAUAUGGAACUGGGCCCUGAUCGUGCUAUCAGUGACGAGAUCAGUAGAGGGGAUAUCAAGUCUGGUGAUAUCGUAUUGAUUAAGCCAAAAACAUCCGGCUCCAGGAAGAAUAGGCGCAAUGGUGAAAAGGAAGAUGAAGAGGAUCAAUGCGAUGGUGUAGUGUUCAAGAUUACCGAUCGACAACUAGUCAUUACGACUAAUGAGAACCAAGAGGAUGCUGCGGCUCGUCUCUUCGCCUCUAACCGCCUAUACGUGCUUAAAACUACCAACACUAUAACGUACCAGCGUAUGGAAUCAUCCAUGCGGAAACUUGGAGAGUUUGAAUCGGUUCCGAACAAUAAGAUAACUCAGUAUUUGCUUACCGAUAGACCAUUUUUGGCGCAAAAACCUUCGAAUGAUGUAUCUUUUCAUAACAAGAGCUUGAAUGAGCCUCAGCAAGAUGCAAUUAGAUUUGCUUUGGCAAACGAUAUUUGUAUCAUUCAUGGACCCCCAGGUACCGGGAAAACAUAUACUUUGAUAGAAUUGAUUCAGCAGCUUUGCGAUAAAGGCCAACGGAUACUCGUCUGUGGGCCUUCCAAUAUGGCUGUGGAUACGAUCUUGGAAAGACUCGCCAAAGUCUUACCUGGGAACUUGCUACUAAGAAUUGGUCAUCCAGCUCGUCUACUGGACAGUAAUCUGGCCCACUCACUGGAUAUACUGAGUAAGAGUGGAUCUGCGGGUGGAAUCCUGAAGGACAUUAGAGAUGAGAUUGAUCGAAAGAUCGCAUCUAUAAAAAAGAUUAAGUCAUCAAGGGAACGCAGACAAGGCUGGAAUGAUGUAAAAGAAUUGAGAAAAGAAUUAAGGCAGAGAGAACGUAAAGUCAUUGUAGAUCUCAUCCUCGAAGCAAGAGUCAUCGUGGCCACUUUACAUGGGUCCAGCAGCCGUGAACUUUGUUCAGUAUAUCAUCAGACGCCUAAACUCUUCGAUUGCUUGAUCAUUGAUGAAGUCUCACAGAGUUUAGAGCCUCAAUGUUGGAUUCCGCUGAUAUCUCACUACAGGUCGGACAUCAGUAAGCUUGUGUUAGCUGGUGAUAACAAGCAAUUACCGCCAACGAUCAAGACCGAGGAUGAUGCUAAUAUCAAGAAAACCCUGCAAACUACACUCUUCGAUAGGCUGGUUGCCUACUAUGGGGACAGUUUCAAACGAUUGCUCAGCGUUCAGUAUCGUAUGAAUGAGGAGAUUAUGAAAUUCCCAUCAGAAACCUUGUACAAUGGGCAAUUGGCCGCCGAUGAUUCAGUGGCUACUAAGAUUCUGUCCGAUUUGCCGGGUGUGGACUCUAAUGAUGACACUGAUGCUCCAUUUAUUUGGUACGACACGCAAGGCGAUGAGUUUAUUGAGAGCAGUCAAGAAGAAAGCGUUGUGGCUUCCAAAUUCAAUGAGAACGAAGCGCUAUUAGUGAAAGAUCACAUCCAGAGACUCAUAGAUAGUAACGUUUCUCAAAAUUCCAUCGGGGUUAUCGCACCAUACAGUGCCCAAGUGACCAUCUUGAAGCAUUUCUUGAGUGAGAAGUUCCCACAGAUCGAAAUAUCAACCGUGGAUGGAUUUCAAGGACGUGAAAAGGAAGUAAUUAUCCUUUCCUUGGUCAGGAGUAACGACAAAUUUGAAAUUGGUUUCUUGAAGGAUGAGAGAAGGCUCAAUGUGGCCAUGACGAGGCCCAAAAAACAGCUAUGUGUCAUCGGUAACAUCGAAACGCUACAAAGAUGUAACAGUAAGUUUUUAAAAGCCUGGGCAAAAUAUGGUGAGACUAACGCUGAUAUUAGAUAUCCCGAUAUUGGAGAUCUUCUAUAA